GCAAAAACAAGAAGAACAAAUCUCCCAUGGAUGAAAAUCGUGUUCCUUCCGAACAUAAGAAAAAUAACACCAAUAAAAAUAGCAAUUGCGCUUGUUAUGGAACAAAGACAUUAACGGAAAAAGACAUACGACACCUUGAACGUCACUUAUCCAUGAAGAAAACGAUUAGGAAACAAAUCAGUAGGAAUCUUGCUCAAGCUUUUGUGGAAGAUCCUAAUGCUAUUCAGUCCGACAAUCCAUCUAGUGGCUCGGCUGGUGCAAGCCAACAACCAGAGAAGUCUACGAAUCCCAGUUUCACUUUAACACGCGCAAAAGUCACGAAAUCUGAACAGAAUGUGCUUGACAUGUUAAGGGAAACCCGAGAUGACCCACAAUCUGGUCACUCUAACCCUUCGCUCUGCGAAGAACAACAGAGACACUCUAGACAUAAAGUAACUCCACCUGUGAAUGAAAGCCCCGCAGAAUCUAAGAAUAACGUCGCUUCAGGAGACAGAUUUUCCUUCUGGAAAAUGUUCUCUAUAUGGGGAAAAGGCAAGCACUGAAAUAUACAUUAGAAAACUUUUUAUUUUUUGUUAUUGUUUAGAUUGAAGAACUAUAAAAUGUUUUGAAAUAAUCUUUCUCCUGACCUUUAAAAGAGCUAAGUGUUUGUCACAAGAAUGUAUGUCUAUGCCUGAAAACAUUUUGGCGUGGACCUCUCAAGAAAACAUGAAACUAUGCUGUUUCUAUAUUUCAUUCAUUGUGAUGGAAAUUGCUCAGUGGCAAGCUUGAGGGCUUUUAUUACUAAAAAUCUAUUUUGGUUACCCUUGGUGGGCAUAUUAUAUACCUUUGUGCUUAAACACAAACAAACAAAACAGUCUUUUAAAAAUUCGUCAAGUGGUUCAAAUAUUUAUGCAUUUUAUAAAUUUUUGUUGGGUUUUCUCACUAGGUAGAGGUGAU